AUGAACAAGGCGUCGUCGCGGUCGCACUGCGUGUUUACCCUGCGCGUGAACAGCACGCGGAAGCUCCCGGACGGGUCGACGAUGGAGUGCGCGGGGAAGCUGCACAUGGUCGACCUCGCCGGGAGCGAGUGCGCGAAGAGCGCUGGCGGCGGCGAGUUGGACCCGUCGCGCGAGCGCGAGCGGAAAAACAUCAAUCAAAGUUUGCUGACACUCGGUCGCGUCAUCACGCUCUUGAAAGCGGGCGGGAAAGCGAAGGGCGAGCGCAUCCCGUACCGCGACAGCAAGCUCACGCGGCUUUUACAGGAGAGCUUGGGAGGAAGGUGCAAGACGUGCGUCAUCGCGACGGUGUCGCCGUCGAUCAUGUCCGUGGACGAGACGUUGUCGACGUUGCAAUACGCGCAAGCGGCGGUGGGCAUC